GUGUGAAGGAGAGAGAGAGGGAGAGAGAGAGGGAGAGGCUUCAGCUAAGUCUACUGACAGACUGUCAAGUUACUGCUGAGAAGGAAAUACUCCAAGCAAGCCAAAAAAAAAGAAGGCAGCGAAUGACGGGAUAAAACAGCUGUUCAAGUGAACGGCUCUGAAGAAGAAAAGAAGAUAAACACUAAGCUCACCAGAGACGGAGUGGAGGAGGAAAUGGUGAAGCUGGACAAAUGUAAGUGGAUGGCAGCAUGUAGUCAGCAGGACUUGUGUGAAGCUGAAAGAAUAAAGAGACUUAAAGUGGACUACAGUCCUCCACUUCUGCUGAACAUAGGCCUGGCACUACAGCAUGUUCUGGUGCAGGUCUCUCUGUGUACACUGGUGGUGGGGGCCUUGGUGGAGGAGGCUAUGAGGGAGCGCAUUGCAGCCUCUGUGUUUUUUUACUCAGGAAUUUGUACACUCCUGCAGAAUUAUUUUGGAUCACGUUUGCCGCUAGUCCAGGCUCCAUCUUUGGACUUUCUGAUUCCUGCCUUGGUCCUGCUUUCUGCACAGGCAGCCUGCAGGGAGCAGUGUGAGAAGUCAAAGGAGUUUGAGGCCCCAACUCACCCAGUUAGAGAGUUCCAGGGUAUGGCCAUAGUAGCUGGACUGGUGCAGUUUUCAGUGGGUUUGUCUGGCUUGAGUGGAGCAUUGCUGUCCCGCUGUGGUCCACUCAUCCUGACACCUGUGCUCUGCAUGCUGGGCUUCUCAAUCUACAGAGAGGCGGCUCUGCUCUGCUCUGACCACUGGGGCCUCUCUCUACUGACCGUGGUUCUAUUGGUGUUCCUGUCUCAGCAUCUGCGCUCCUGUUCUCUCCCUGCCUGCUUGAGGCUCUCACAGUACCCCAUCUUCAGCAUGUUCUCAGUGCUCCUGUCCAUGCUGUUGGUGUGGGCUGUGUGUGCUGCUCUGUUCCACUACGGUCACAUCAGACCUCACUCCGUGCCUGAACUGCUUUUAAAGAAGAAUAAUUUCAGUACAACGCAUAUACAGAACUGGGGUGUUCCAAACUCAUCCAGCCUGCUGUUUACAGAUCCCACCACACCAUGGCUCAAUCCACCUCUACCAGGUCUAGGACUCCCCCUGCUGUCUGGUCGGAGUAUUGCAGCAGGAGUGGCCGCAGGCUUGUCUUCUUGUGUCAGUUCUCAGGCAGUGUAUGUGCUAACAGCGCGACUCCUGAAAGCUCCCACACCUCCAGCACAGGCGUGUAACAGAGGUUUAAGUAUGGAGGGGCUGGGCAGUAUCCUCGCUGGCCUGUUGGGGGCACCAGUGGGGCUUUGCAGCAGUGUAGCUAAUGCCUGUACGCUUGGGCUCAGCCAGUGUGGGUCUCGGGGCGCUGUGCAGCUUGCUGGUGUGAUGCUGCUGGUUCUGGGCGUGUUUCUGCGACUGACUCAGCUGCUUACCUCAAUCCCUCUGGCUAUCCAUGGUGCUGUGCUAAGCGUGACCUACACUGUGGCUACAGCGAUAGGUAUAACGUACCUCCAGUACACAGAUGUGGACUCUGGACGCAACAUUUUCAACACAGGCUUCACUGUGUUCAUGUCUCUAGUGCUGCCUCGCUGGUUCAGAAUGCGUUCAGACUUUAUCUACACCGGUGAACCCAGUCUAGACAUAUUUCUACAGUCUUGUCUGAUGCUACCUGUGUUUUUGGUCAGCUUUUUGGCCUUUUUUCUGGACCACACAGUUUCAGGAACUCUGUCUGAGCGGGGGUUUGAACAAGAUCAGGACACUCAGAAGAUACGUUCACUGGCUGAUAAGCAACACAGAGCCAGCCAAAGCCAAGAGGGCGUGUAUGAACCACCAGAGCUUGUGAGGAGAGUGCUGGGCUUACCUGGGCUCCGAAUCAUCCCUUUCUUUGCUUGCAGUAGCCCAGACGUAGAGAAAAUUGUGGAGACAUCUCCAGAGAUGUCCAGCUUACUGCCUCAGUAGAGUGACAGCAGAUCAAGCACAGCUACUCUGACUGCAUACACACUCACUAUGCAAAUUUGCACGUUGUCAUAGUUUUAAGGUUUCAUUCUUUGAGAGAGCCUUGAGUAACCAUGAUUCUAGGCUUGACUUGAGAAUGACUGUGCAGUACCUGGCUAUGCGAGACUAAGCACUGAGUUACAUUCCUUAAGACUAUAUGGACUCUUAUUCUUGUCUCCUGUGUUGUAGCAUGGACCACAGAGGAGGCAAAAUCUUUAAAAAAAAAUACCAAUAUAACAGGAAAGAAAAAAGAGGAACAUCAUAUUUCCAUAUUGUUUAAUUUUGAAAAAUAGAUCUUUAAAUACUUUUAUGAACAUUAUAUAAUUUUUGACAUCUUUCUGGUAAAAAGUAAAUAAUGCCACAAAAAAGGUAAAUACAGCAAGUCAGAUUGUAUAUGGAGUAUUACUCCAUAAAGCAUACAUGGGGAAUACAGACUGUGUGGCAUAACAUAUGGAUCCUUAAUUGGCUGUUCACUGACAUAAUGACUGUACUGAGUGAAUAAUGUUGCAUAUUUCAGUAUCUUAAUGAGUAUAACUUUAAUAAAGUAUGUAAUGUUGUGCAUUUGAA